CACCUAGCAAGGGUUCAAUUCAUCAGUCCCACAAAAACUCAGUUUUUAUCUGAGUAACUGGUCCGAUCAGUAUGAUCCUCUGCCUUGUUUCUACGAGCAUCAACUCACCUAUUAUCACAACGUCUGCACUGCUAGGAAGAAUAAGAGACGAAUGUUAUAUUAUCAAUGUAACCUAAUUGCACUUAUUAAAUGCAAGAAGUGAACGAAAAGAAACAUCAAGCAGAUGAGCUGAAAUAAGCCGCAUAUGACAUUUCUUGUUUCGCGCGAAGCCAAUGCCUGCAACUAGAACUUUAUGGGUGAACACGCGAUUGGUCAAUCAACUUUUAAUUUCUAGAGAUAUAUUCUCAGUUCGCAGAACAUGCGAUAAUCUGAAAGAUGAUUGGUUACCGCACUUCCUUUUAUCACUAGUCGGACGAUAUGGCCACACAGAUACCUCUGGGAAGUUAGCCGGAAGAAAAUUGUGUGGGAAGUUAGCUGGACGAAAAUUAGUUUUUUACCAUUUGCGGCUCAAUUGAUGCGCAAUCGUUUGUUGGUCACAGACAAACUAAUUAAAACGUUUGUUGGUUUAUCUGUCUUGAAAAAAAAAUAAAAAAUUGUAUGCACUCCGUGAAACGGAUCAGAUGCGCAGCCGAUGGUCUAUAAUAACAAACAUAAAAUUGUUUUACAAACUAUUAUGCACAAAGGCGCUUUAAGUGAAAAUGAUGGAAAGGAAUUAAUAAUGAAGUUAUUUGGUAUGUAAAUUUUUAAUGAAAUAAAUAAUACAAAAAGUAACAUUAUAUAUGUUUGUGGCUGUCCAUAAGAAUUUGUGUAUAUUUUAUCAUUACACAGGAAGGUAUAAAGGACAUUAGUCAAAUAUAUGUGUGAAUAUUUCUGACCAAUUUGACAUUGACAAUAGUGCAAUAAUGAACAUGACAAAGAAAAUCAAUGUCAACUUUUCAUCUCUGGUUGGUUUAAAGGCAGAGUUGUUAAGAAAGCAGGCAGAGGUGAAUGAGGUGAAGCUAAAAAAUGCAUCUAUCAGUGGACUACUACAGAUGAAUAAAAAGAGGAAAAAUAAAAACGUUGUGAAGGAUAUGGAGAAGAAUACAAAAGAAUUGCUGGACUUGGACGAUGUCGUUGCCCAUAAAAAGUCAAAAUUAAUGUUGGAAGCCAAAGCAAAAUUGUACAAGAAGUUGAAGGAGUCAAGAAACAACGAUAAUAAUUUCCUUGUUGAUUUUAAAAACAAAUCGGAUGAAUCUGACGAUGAAUUUGUAGACGAGGCGAUUAAUGAAAAACAUCCUAUAGAAUCGGAAGAAAAUUGGGUAGAAUAUCAGGAUUGUUUUGGUUGUACUAGGAAGUGUUUGCGGGAGGAUCUACCACAUAUGCAAAAGAAAAAUGAAUUAAUAAAGCAGGAAAUAAUGAAGGGAAAUAUUGGAAGAGACAGAGAAGAGGAGAAUGAAGCACAAGUUUCUGUUCCAGAAAAGGAACCCGAGAUAGAAAUUAUGAGGCGAAAAUGGGAGGAGCAGACGCGGAAACUUGCAGAUAAGGUCGAUAUACAUUAUCAAGAUAUACUGUUUGAUGAGGCACGUAUGCAUGGUGUCAGUUACUAUGCAUUUUCACAAGAUGAGGACGAGAGAGCAAAACAACAGGAGAAUUUAGCAAAUUUAAGAAAGGAAACAGAGAGGAAGCAAAUGGAAAUGAAGGAGAUUAAAGACUUGAAGGAGAGAAUGGAAUCGAAUAGAUUAAAGAUGGCAAGAAUUCGACAACGAAUCAGAGCUGGCUUGCCAGCGGAACCUACAGAGGAAGAACUAGCUCAAAAAAGUAAAAUUGAUUUCACUGAUAACAGUUAUGCUGAGAAAAGUGAUGAGAUAGCUGAUAAUUAUACAGAAAAGUCUGAUGAGAAAACUGCUGGUAGUAUUGAAAAAAUUGACGCUUGUAAGGAAGAAAAUAAUGAGGAUGAAGAUAAGAUAACAAUCUUUGGAGAACUCUUAUGUAAGAAGAAUUGGCACGUAAUGUCACAAGAAGAAUGGGUGCACAAAUGCAGAGCACAAAGAAUUGGCGAAUUUGGACCGAUAUAUGAUAACUUUAUGAGUGCUGGAUUUUAUAAUGAGUCUGCAAGUGCUGACAGAGAGUUAGUUCAUGAAGAUAAUAGAAGUAAUCCGGAAAAUUGUAACUCUAAAAAAUCCAUGAAAGAAUUUACUACCGAAUUGAAGAAUUGUGAAAAUUAUAAUAAUUCUGCUAAUAAUGGGAUCACUUCUAAUGCGGUAUAUAUUGACAGUCAUAAUCAAAAUGAUAACAGUUUAGCAGAAUGUGAUACAGUGACGAAUAAAAAUAACACGGGACGAGAAUUGCCUAGGAAUUUAAUAGAAUCCGUUACGUUAAAUUCUGCGACAAAUGUAUCGAAUUCACAGCCAUCUCAGGUACAACCAUCUGCUUCUUGUUUGUUAUCUCACUCGUCUAAUUAUUUGCAAGAUGUCGAUAACAAUCUUGGGAUAUAUACUUGUGAAGAGCAUAAAGAAAAGAAUGACACUACAUCAGUGUCUAGUGAUCUUCACGUCAUUAAACCAGAAGCUUUGCUACAGAAUAUAAAUGAGGAUAGCAUAAUGGCUGGCCUUAAAUAUUUAAGAGAAAAGUUUGAAGAAACUCAUAGUAAAUAGAUAUAAUAGAAAAGUUGUAUUACAAUAUUAAUGAAUACAGUUUUAUGUAAAAAUAAAUACAUAACUAUUA